AAAGCAGUACAGAUGACCCUACGGAUGUAGAACAGAUGGAUGACGAUGAUGGUGAAGCCCACGGUCUCCGCAGCGAGCUUGAUGAUGCCCUAACUGGGACCACCACGACUGAUCUCAAGAUCCAAAUUAGAAAGCUUAAGCGCGAGCUGGAGGCCGUCAAGAAGAACGAGGCUGAUGCCAGUCGGAUGCUUGUGCUUGAAAAUCUGUUGGACGAUGCAAACCGGAUGAAAUCACGCUACGAAAGCGACUACCUUGUUUCCCAUCGAGAAAAGCUAGUUCUUCAAAGGGACUUGGAGGAGAUCCGAAGCGGGAAGUCAAUGGGUGAUGGAGCCGAGGCUGCAAUCGCCCUUCGCCAGCGGUUAAACGAAACUGUGGAUCAGCUGGAUACUCUUCGAAAAGAACAUGCCGAGCUUGAGGUCAGGUUCGAUGCUCAGAGUAAGGAACUGACUAUUGCCAAGUCUGAUCUCAAUCUCGUGAACAAGGACCAACUUGACAUCCUAUCUACCUUGCGAGAAUCGGUUAAUGAAGACAAAGUUGGCCUCGAGGCUGAUAUGGAUCGUCUCAAAAAUCAAAUCAAGGAACUUAAUGAAAAGAAUAGAAUGCAACUUGAACAGGUCAAUGCAUUGUUGUUGGAGAAGGUCAAUCUACAAAGUGAGGGCAUCGGCCAAAGAGAGAAAAUGCUUCAGCGUGAGCGAGAUUUUGGUGACCUACGUGCCUCGCUAUCAGGAAGAGAUAUGCCUGAAGAUAUCAAAGCUAGACUUCUUGCGUUACACGAAGAAAACGUAAACCUCAAAGAAUCAUACAAAACCGCCCAAGAAAAACUGCUAAAAGCUAAAUCGUUUAUCAAGUCGCAGGACAAAUUGUUCAAAGAAGAGCAUGCAAAGGUAGCAGGGUCUUCGCCAGGCUUGUUUGAGGAGGCAGAAGCUAGUUUCCGUUCCCAAAUCAAAGUACUCGAAGAAGAAGUGGUUCGACAGAAGCGUCUUCACGCUGAGUCUACACAGCGUUAUCGCAGAGAGUAUGAGUUGGUGCUCAGUGCUCUCCAUAGACUCGGUAUGGAAAGAUUGCGCAAUCCAAUGGGUGCUCCAGCGUCGCAUGCUCGGGCAGCCCCUACCAGCUGGCUUGGCCAACAACGCAAAAACCUGGGCCCAACGUUACGUCGGUGACCGACGACUCUACCAACCAUUUCACUGCACAUUUCUCGAUCAUCUUCAUAGGAGGAACCUUACAACUUAAUACCCGACCAUUCCUUUAUUUUAUCAUUGCAUUGCUUGAGUGUAUCCUGUAUCGUUACGCGUAGGUAAUAUGUUUUAGAUUUUCAGAUACUGUUCAUCGUUUUUUUGAUGUAAACUGCUGGGACAUUAGUCAAUGAGAACUUG